AUGACGGAAGGCGUGGUCGCCAUCAAGGACAACAGAAAUGACGAUCAGAAUAAGAAGAAGGCGAAGACGCCAGGCGUUUUCGGCUUCUUCAAAGCUGCAAUGUUCGUAUUGCGCCAUCGUACAAAAGGAAAGCAGAAAGCUGCUCAGGUAAUAACCCAACAGGGAGAUUGGAAGAAGCUGGUGGGUUCUAUGCGCCCUUUGCAUCUGCAGGACAAUAAUAAUAAUAAUAAUAAUACAUUAUAUUGUGCCACGUCACCCUCUGCAGCGAGCCAGUACGCUUCCGCUGACGAUCUCAAAUCACUAGAUCAGUUGGAUACCAUGAGCCAAUACGCUUCAGCAAACGAUCUGAAAUCACUAGAUGCCCUGGCCUCAGCCUCAUCGGGGACCAUGAGCCAGUAUGCUUCCGCAAACAAUCUCCAAGACCUCGACGAACAGGAGGAAGAGGAAGAUGAUCCUGACAAAGUCUUCGAUGCUAUUGGCGCUGACGACAUGAUCGAUGCCAAGGCCGAACUCUUCAUCCUUCAUUUUUACCAACAAACGAGGCGUCAAAACGUUGAUUCAAUCAGCGGCCAAUUCCAUUAA